AUGUCUUGGGCGGUCCAGCUGUGGCUACAGCUGCUAUCGUUGUGUCGGUGCGACGACUGGAUCUUUUAUGAUCUGUGUCCAGAAGACCUGACGCCAGAUGAUGGUAAGUGGUGUCAAGAGCAGCUGCCCAGCACCUGCAUUGCCGAUUUUCAUAUUGGGCGCGCUGAGUUUAGCCAGCAACAUCGGGAAGCCCAGGAAACCUUGAAGCACCUUAGGGAGCGGGCUGAGGGCUUCAAGGCGAACCAGCCGUUGUCAGUGCGCCUGCUCGUGCUGGUCACUACAGUAUGGCCGAACUUCCAGCGGCGGCAGCUCCUUCGUCAGGGAAUGACCUGGUGCCGACGUGGUUUGGGAGGUCGCGGGAACGAGGUCGUUUGGCGGUUUCUGCUGGGUGACCUGCCCGGAGAGCACCCCGAGAAGCACCCCUUGCUGCGGAAAGCACUUCGAGAAGCUGAGGCAUUUGGGGACCUCAUGUUGGUCGGCGGUGCUGACGAGAUCGAGUAUCGACACAUCGGUGAUGCCUACGUCUUGCCGGAGGCAAACCCGGAGCUGUGGAAGCUGCUUGUGGCUUUGCGACGGUUGCGGCAUGAGGUUAGCUACGACUAUCUGUUGGUGGCCGACGACGACAACUUCAUUUCCCUCACCACCGCAGUAGAGCUGCUGGAGAUGCUUCCGCCCAGGAAGGUCUAUGUCGGAAACAUGAUUGACACCGUUCCACAGCGCUUUGACAUGCAAAAGCGUCGUAUCGUUCAAGAGACGAGCGUGAACUUGUACAUGGGGUCUCCUUCGAAGCUCCCAAUUUUCGCGCACGGCUUGGGCUUCAUAGUGUCGCAGGAUCUGGCAAAGCUGCUAGCCGACCGUGGCUUGGCAUUCAAGCUGCGAGGCAACGACGACAUGCUGGUUGGUCUUUGGCUUCGGAGCAUUGCAGAUGUUCGCUUCCUGCACUACCAUAUCUGGUUUCAUGAUCAUAUUGAAUUUGGAGGCCUCUUUUCGCGGCCAUGUCAGCAGGACGCUGUGAUUGUGCAUCGCAUGACGGAGGAACGCUGGAGAACCUUCGACAGAUAUGAAUGUCACGUUUGUGGUAAGGUGAAGCCCGUGGCAGAAGCCCUUGCUUUGCUUGAUCCGUUGGAGCCUCCUCCUGCGGAGCUAGCUGAUCUGGCGGACCUACCUGAGAUAACCGUUGAGGAGCUAGCAAGACUGGGCCGAACGCAGCAAGAGCUAAGGAAGCAGAGAAGCAAGGAGACACAUCGCUUUCCCCUCAAGUUAGCGAUCUUGAUCUUUGGCUCUCGCUGGCAAGAUUUUCGGUUGCGUGCGCAGUUGCGACGUGCACUGAGCCUCAUGAAGUACAAUCUGGGAUCCAAGUCUUCAGAGUCUUCGGGAAAGGCCCUUCAGACUGACUUUCAGUGGCUCUUUGUCAUGACGCGGCUUCUACCAGACACUCGUGUGCAUUCUGCAUAUCGGGAGAUUCUGGUGCGCCGAGACAUGGUGCGCCUCGGGCCUUCGCGGCUCCCUCGACCAAGCCAGGCUGCGCAGAAGGCCGGCAAAGUCCGCCAAGAGCACGAGAUCGGCUGCUACCGCUACGAGGAAGCGUGGCGCUUGGUUGAGGAGCGCUGGGGGGGAGCAGACUUCGUGCUCCUUCUGGACCACCGCUCCUAUGUCAAUGUCCCCCAGCUUCUGGCCCAGAUGCCCCGCUGGCCUCGACAUCGGCUGAUGCAUGGCAUACUUCUUGAUGAGUCUGUAUUCGCCGGAGAGAGGCGGAUGUACUUGUGGCGCCGACGUGCAGCAGUCUUCGCGCACGGCAUGGGCAUCCUUGUUUCUGCCGAUGUGGCACGAUUUGUCGCAGAGCUUGCGCUCGAAGCAGAUGGCUUGUCACAGGUGGACCUCCCGGCUGAUGUGGCCUUCGGUCAGUGGGUACAACUUCUCGAAGACAUGGAGUACUCCCCGGCUGAGGACUUUUGGGAAAUUCCGAGGAGCGCAUCGUCACUGCUGUCCGCAGACAUGACGCUUGCUUGGCCCAUGACAGUGGGACACUGGCUCUCCUACAACGCCACGGAGUCUGUAAGGGCGCCCGCUACCAAUACCAAAGAAAGCUCAGUCACACUAGACGUGGACUGUUGGAAGGGUAUGGGCGGACGAGCAGAAUCCUGGUACCUCGUGUGUUGUGACUUUGGCUGGUCUGGAUGCUGGGGUGGUGAAUUCACAGCGGAGAUGUGCUGCUCACAGGUGCCUGGAAGAGCGGGUGUGCCACCUUCAGCGGAGCCUGUGCUUCUACAAAAGUUUCUUAAUUUUGAUGAUGAUGAAUUUGCCUUGUUCUUGCAAGCCCUGGAUCACAACCAUACGCAAGAGCAUGUCGGGAGAGGACGCUUCCGCUGUCUAGCUCCGCAGGACUGUGCCAAAGAGGCUUUUGCCAGGUUUUACCAAGCAAGCUGGGAUAUUGGGAUCCUUCCACUUCGUCAUCCAUGGUUUAUGGAUGUGGAAGAUCAUUUGUUUGGCGUUAUUUGGAAAAUGCGAGCAGAAAAUCGCGGUGGCAACCCUGCAGGACACGAACACACCUUCGAGCGCAAGCAAAUGGCAAAGUUUUUGCAGCACGUGUCUGAGACUGUGUCUGCGGAUGAGAUCUUCGUGGAACAUGGGGCUAAGCAGCUGCGGCGAUGUUUGGAGUGGGAUUCUGGUGCACAGAGUCGGUUCUACUUCUCCAAACAUUGCGAUGUCGUUGACGUAAUUACGUAUUUCGGCGAUGGACAUGCCCAGCUUCGGGUCAACAACGAGAGUGAGAAACGCGAUUAUUUCCUGGACAUCCACAUAGCUGACCAGGUCGUGCCCGAAAAUUCUACUGGCUUGGUGAUCUGUUCACAGGUCUUUGAGCACUUGCUGAAGCCGUGGCUUGCGAUGCAGCAGCUUUACCGACUGCUGGGCCCAGGUGGGCUGCUUGCGUGGUCCGCCCCGCUCUUCAGUCAGAUCCACGGAUCUCCUCAGGACUUCUGGCGCUUCACACCUGAGGGAGCAAAGACCCUGGCCGAGGAUGCAGGCUUUGAGAUCGUAGAGAUUUGGGCGCCGGGCACUUUGCGAGAGCUUGCCGGCUACCUGUUGGGCCUCACUGCGCCCUACUGGACCGAGGAUGCAAUCAUGGGCGGUGCAUCCGAUUGGCCUUUGCAGGUCUACAUGCUUGCCCGUAAGCCAGCAUAG